CAGAUAAAAGAGCAGAUGGAGAUGUGCAAAGAUGUCUUUCUGCAGGGCAGCACCAGUGAAGUUUGCUCCUUCAUGAAAUCAACCUUAGUGAAUUUGGAGACCAUGUAUGCCCAGGACAGAGCAGUAUUGCUGCAGGAAGUUGCUGGCCCCUUUGAUUCUUUCCUGAAUGGCUCCACUCUCAGUGCUGGUGGGAACGAGAGCAAGAGGGAAGUGGCCUCUGCCGUGACGUUCCUCCUGCAGAGUGUGGAAUUGGCUGCACUGACGGCUGCUUUGAGUUCCCCAGAGAUGAAGACCCAGAACUUGACAACAGAGUCUAUGGCUAUCGAGACGCUCCUCGUUGUCCCGGCUGCAGGUCCCUGUGAUGAGGUCUUCAGGCUGACAGGUCCGGAGGAGACAAUGGACAUUCACUGCGAUACGGUCACCAGAGCAGCGACAGAAGAUUCUGGGGCUGUUGCUUUUAUUUCUUACUCCACCCUGGACUCCAUCAUUGACAAGAGAUUUCUCAACGAGGGAGAUCUAAUCGUUGAUGAGAAAUUGAGGAGUUUUCACCUGAAUUCCAGGGUGGUGAGUGGGGCUAUUGGAGAUGGGAGGCCCAUGAAUAUCUCCAAACCUGUGAACUUCACUCUGCGCCAUAGACAGGCGAAGAAAGAGGAGGAAGAGGCUCACUGCGUUCACUGGAAAUUCAUCGCUGGGAAAGGCACCUGGGCUGAGGAUGGCUGCACUGUUCUCCACACGAACAGCACUCACACCAUCUGCAGCUGUGACCAUCUCUCCAGCUUCGCACUCCUUAUGGGUCACACCGAAGUGGAGGACAGUUACCCACUGACCAUCAUCACCUACAUGGGACUGACCCUCUCCCUGCUGUGUCUCCUCCUUGCCAUCCUCACCUUCCUCCUGUGCCGCUCCAUCCGCAACGUCAGCACCUCC